AGAUAAUUUUGAUGUACUGAUUUGCAAAACUUGGCCUCCCACUGAACUGGAUUCGAGCGGUACAGCUCGCGGGUUUCGACUCUCAUCACCACGACCCGGUGGUUUUCCCCACCAGAGAAAGGGCAUAUGCGCAAUGAGCCCAAGAUCCUGCAGAGGACUUGCAGUUUCAGUUGCGGCGAUAAUGGGAGCAGGCAAGAGGUCAUUGUUGCGGCCGGGGCUUAGGGGACUGACGACCCUUCAGUUUGAUCAAUAAAAGGGUACGCCUGUCCUGCAACGUUGCUCUACAUUUAAACGCCCCUGACCUUCCCGCUCCAUAAAGAGUGGUCGGCAGUAUAUGUGCGCGGUGCUGGAGAUGUGUGACAAUUGGAACGGCCCCGCCUGCUGACUGAAAGGGGCUGUACGGUGAGCGUACCCGCCAAGUGGCUUGGGGCCGUAUCACUGCAAAUAUGCGGGGCCUGCACCCACGCCCUGAGGACUUCUAUACGGAUAGGGGAUUGGAGAGCGGCAAGGCCUCGCGACGCGCUGCCGUGGAAUGCCAGGCGUUCUUCAACUUUUUCACGCCUAAACCAGCAGCAGCAGCGCCAAUUGUGGACCCUCGCGCGAAGCCGCUCGUUGAACGGCUGAUCGCCUUGACCAGGGGGACCGAUGCUGGAGCAAAGGCCUCUCCUGCGCUAAAGGAGGAAAUUGCCGACGUGAUCACGGAGCUGUCCCGGUACUGUGUCAAGAACCCGCUGAAGAGCGACCUCUUGUUCGGCGAGUGGAAGGUGCUCUUCUCCUCCAAGGCCUCAGCGGUGGGUGGUCCGCCGCUGCGCAGCGGUGUGGGCCCCGCGGUGUUUCCGGCCCAGGACGCCAAGCAGAUCCUGGAGGCCCCCAACAAGCUGAUCAACAGUGUCGAGUACAAGACGCUGGGCUUCCUGCCGGGCUUCAGCCGCCAGUACGCCACCUUCGAACCCAUCAGCGCUGAUACCUACCUUCUGAACAUCACGGACGGGGAGAUCUCGGCCGGUCUGGGAGGGCCCAUUAAGAAGACCUUUGACAUCCAGCGCAAGAUCAAGAUUCUGUACCUGGACGACAAGGUCCGUGUGGCGCAGUUCCUGCCGGACGACUCCCUGCCAGACACGGAGGCUGACGAGAACGGCGGCCGCAGCGGUGAGGACGUCGUGUUCGUGUUCCAGCGCAUCACGGAGGAAGCGGAGGCUGAGGAGGAGGACGGACAGGCCGACGACGGCGAGGGCGCUGAGGAGGCCCCCAAGCCGGCGCCCUUCUUUGGCGGCAGCCGCAAGCUGGAGAGCGCUGCCACUGUGGCGGAGCGCCAGGUUCGUCAGCAGCUGAAGGAGCAGCGGGGUGGCAGUGCCAAGGUAGCCGCCUCUGCGGCUGCUGUCCCGGCCAAGGCCCCCCUCGGCAGCGCCAGGGUGGUGGUGCCGCCGGCUCCGCGCCAGGUAUCGCAGCGCGGCCGCCGUGAGGUCGCCGAGGAGGUGGUUGAGGACCCUAGGGAGCGUCGCCGCCGGGAGCAAGAGGAGGAGCGCGCCCGCAAGGCUGCGGAGGCCGAGGCUAAGGCUGCGGAGGCUAAGGCAGCCCGCGAGCGUGCCGAGGCCGAGCGCCAGGCCGAGCGUGAGAAGCAGGCGGCCAUCAAGGAGCUGCUCGCCAAGUUAGCCAACGAGAUUAAGGAGCGGCAGGCGGAGGCGAAGGAGGCCCUGAAGGAGCUCAAGGACGUCGAGAAGUCGACGGCGUCGGGUCUGAAGGAGUCGCAGGGCGCCCGUUCGCGCCUGGAGGAGGCUGAGUCGGAUGUCAAGUCCAUUAGCACCCAGCUGGACGCCGCCAGCGCGACCAAGAAGGAGGCGGAGAAGGCGGCCAAGGACGCUAAGGAGGUCGUGGUGGCGGCGGAGAAGACGCUGCGUGCACGCAUCGCUGCGGCGGCACCAGUCCUGGCGCGCAAGUAA